CGGGGAUCCCGCGGCGGGGGCGCCGCGGCCGAGCGGGGACACGUCAGUGCGGGGCCGGGAGCUGCCUUUGUUCCCGUCCCGCAGCCCCGCGGCUCCGGCUCCGCUGCCGCCCCGRCCGCAGGCUCCGGACGCGGGGAUCGGGACACGGAGCAUCCCCAGCAUGAGCCCCUCCGCUGCCCGCGCCGGGGGGACCGCCCCGGGCGCCGCGGCCGUGCCCAGGGGCUGAGAUUAUCGGCCGGCCCCGCCUCCGCCGGCCCUCCUUCCCUCAUUCCCUCCUUCCUCCUCCUCCUCCCGGGGCCUCCGAUGCCGCCGCCUCCCGCCCGCUGCUGAGCCGUGACGGGCGGGGGCCCUCGGGACCCCGCCGGGGACAUGGGCAACGGGAUGUGCUCCCGGAAACAGAAGCGGAUUUUCCAGACGCUGCUGCUGCUGACCGUGGUGUUCGGGUUCCUGUACGGGGCGAUGCUCUACUACGAGCUGCAGGGCCAGCUCAGGAAGGCUGAGGCCACGGCGCUCAAGUACCAGCAGCAUCAGGAGUCGCUCUCGGCUCAGUUACAAGUUGUGUAUGAGCACCGGUCAAGAUUAGAAAAGUCAUUACAAAAGGAAAGGCUGGAACAUAAGAAAGCAAAAGAAGAUUUUCUUGUUUAUAAACUAGAAGCACAGGAAACACUAAAUAAAGGAAGGCAAGACUCCAACAGCAGGUACAGCGCCCUGAGUGUGCAGCACCAGAUGCUGAAGAGUCAACACGAAGAACUGAAGAAACAGCACGCUGACCUUGAGGAAGAUCACCGAAAACAAGGAGAAGAGUUUAGCAGGACRUUCAGUGAUCACAAGGAGCGGUACCUACAGCURCAGCAGGAAAAGGAGCAGGAGAUCUCCAAGCUGAAGGAAUCCCUGUAUAACUUACGGGAGGAGAACAGGCAGUUGAGAAAAGCACACCAAGACAUUCACACCCAGCUCCAGGAUGUCAAGCAGCAGCAUAAGAACUUGCUGUCCCAGCACAACGAGCUUGUGGUGACAUUGGAAGACCACAAGAGUGCACUAGCUGCUGCUCAGACUCAGGUGGAGGAAUACAAACAGCUGAAGGACACGCUCAAAAAAAUCCCAAGUUUCCAACAGCCGGAGAAGUUGGAAGGAGGGAAUGAACAGCCCGAGGUGCGGGGCCCGUCCCCUCACAGCCACCUCCCGGAGCACCACGGAGCUGGGGCUGAGCAGCAGCAGGAGAAUGAGAAGCCAAGAGAGAGAGAAGAAAUAAAUACCCAGGAGCAGAACAGGGCUGAGCCUUUCCACGGGCAGGGAAAGGCUCCCGAGGGSCACAAUGCCAAGGAGCUGAACAUCCAGGAGCAGCAAGAAGCUGGAGAGGAUGAGGAACAACAGGCAGAUCAGAUUGAGGAAGAGCGCAAAAAGGAGCUUGAAGAGGAAGAAAUGGAGCAGGCAGGGCAGCCUGAGCACCUGGAGGAGGAGCAGGACCAAGGCCCAGAGGAGCAUGAAUGGAAAAAGCAGGAACAAAAGGAAGAAGAAACCAACAUGCUGGGUGAUCACCUGCAGCCAGAGGUAACACCAACAAAAGCUGUGCCAAUGAGACAGAAAGCAGCUUAUGAGCAGCAGCUGGAGCAGCAGCAUCUUGGAGCCCAGAGAGCAGAGGAGGCCAAGCAGCUCCGGCAGCAGCAGGAGUCCCUGCACCAGCAAAGGCUGCGAGGGCAGCUCCUGAGGCAGCAGCAGCUCCAGGACAGAGAGCUCCAGCUGCAGAGACAGGCAGAGCAAGGGGAAAAACUCUACAAAAACCACCUCAGCCAACAGGCUCAUUAUGAUAACAUGGACCAGGACAUUGUGCAAGGGGAGGAAGAGCAAGGCAUUCAGGAAGAGGAAGGAGCUUAUGAACACGACAACCAGCACCAGGAUGAAGGGGAAGAUGAUGAUCAGAAUAAUGCAAAUGARCAGCAAGAAGCACAACAUCAGGCAGAAAAUCAGCAGGCUGAUGAAKCAAAGGSAGCCAUGGAAGAUGUGAAUCCUGCUGAUGACCCCAACAAUCAGGGAGAAGAUGAAUUUGAAGAAGCUGAGCAAGAGAGGGAAGAAAACCUCCCCGAUGAAAAUGAAAAGCACAAGGAAACGGGUCAGAAACAAGGACAUCCAGGAAUGGAAGAGCACUUGGUGAUGGCAGGAAAUCCUGACCAGCAGGAGGAUAAUGUGGAUGAACAAUACCAGGAGGAGGGAGAAGAGGAGGUCCAGGAAGACCUGACUGAAGAGAAGAAGCGUGAGCUGGAGCACAAUGCUGAGGAGCCCUAUGGGGAAAACGAGGAAAAUGCAGAUGAUAAGAAUAACAGAGGGACCGACCAAGAGCAAGAAAUGCAAGAAGACAACAACCAKAAAGAAAUUCAUGAAGAAAAUUAYGAGGAGGAAGAGGAGGAGGAGGAGGAGGAAGGCAGAGCUGUUGCAGCAAAAACUCGCAGACGAGGGGAGAUGUAGUCCCCCUUCAUUUUUCUUUUUCCAGUACACAAAUUCCUG